AUGGGCAAAAUUUCCGUUGGACACCUCCGCGUGUUGACCAUAGAACGCAUUUAUGAUUUUCCUCCACGCACCGCGGACGAUUCCGUCAACACAGAGAGCCUCAGUGCACAGUUGAGGGUGGUUAAAGACACUUUUUGGGUUCGCUUAUUUACCAUGGGUGACCUUGGAUUUUCCGAGGCCUAUAUGUAUGGGGAGGUGGAAUGCAGUGACCUUACCGCUUUGUUCAAGAUUUUUUUGAUAAAUCGGCAAAAUCUUGCGAACAUGGAGUCUGCCGCAUCGUAUUUUUUCACGAUUCCGCAAAAGCUCACGUCCUUUCGGUUUCUAAACACACUCAGCAAUUCCCGUUGCAACAUUUCAGCUCACUACGACAUCUCUAAUGCGAUGUUCGCAGGUUUCCUGUCAUCAGAUAUGACAUACUCAUGUGCCAUCUUUGAAGAUCUUGAUGGCGACCUUGUCUCGGGUGCUGCGGACCACAAGUCUUAUAAUGGGGGCGAGCAUCUCAUGAUUCUCAAUAUACAACAUACUCCACAGUCCAAGAACGCUCCAGGGGCUGAUUGCUGCCUUUCUCCAUCGGAAGAUCCACUGUAUGAAGCACAACUUCGGAAGCUGAAACAUAUCAUCGACAAAGCCAAGAUCUCCUCCGACCAGCGCGUGUUGGAAAUUGGCUCCGGAUGGGGUUCUAUGGCCAUAGCCAUCGCGCAAACCUACCUCGGCACAACCGUAGAUACUCUUACACUUUCUGUGCAGCAACAGGCGCUAGCUACGGAGCGCAUUCGAGAUGCUGGACUUCAAGACAGAGUGACGGUACAUCUUAUGGAUUAUCGUGCGAUGCCGUCUAGCUGGAAGGCUUACUUUGACAGAGUCAUCAGCGUCGAGAUGAUCGAGGCUGUUGGUGCGGAAUAUCUAGAAGAGUAUUGGCGUGUCCUUGACUGGGCGUUGAAACCCGAGGGAGGGGUCGGAGUCGUGCAGGUCAUCACCAUCCCAGAGGCUCGUUUCGAACGGUACAUCGCAGAAAUCGAUUUCAUUCGGAAAUGGGUGAUAUUUCCUGGAGGCUUUCUCCCAACCCUGACGCUGUUGCUUAAAUCCAUGGAGAAGGGCUCCGGCGGUCGUCUUAUAGUUGACUCUAUUUCGAACAUAGGUCCUCACUAUGCCCGAACGCUCCGGGAAUGGCGAAAACGGUUCGUCAGCAGAUUCGAAAGCGUCAUCGUCCCGGCUCUAAAAGCGGAGCAUCCUACCAUAAUAAUUGGCCCUAGAGGAUGGGAAGAGAUAGAGGUCUUCCGCAGAAAAUGGUUAUGUAGUUGUUAUUGUGAAGUAGGCUUUACUGCGCGCGUCUUGGGAGACCAUAUCAUCACUUUCACGCGCGAAGGUUUUGAAGGGUUUGGCUGUGACGUUUUCCAUUGA